AUGAGUUGUCAUUGCAUCAAGCUGCUGUUGCAGCGAUCUGUCUUGCAUCGAACUGUCGUUGCAACGAGCUGCCGUUGCAUCGAACUGUCUUGCAACAAGCUGCCGUUGCAACGCGCUGCCAUUGCAUCAAGCUGCCGUUGCAACGAUCUAUCUUGCAUCGAGCUAUCGUUGCAUCGAACAGUUGCUGCAACGAGCUGCCGUUACAUCAGGCUGCCGUUGCAACGAUCUACCUUGCAUCGAGCUAUCGUUGCAUCGAGCUGUCGCUGCAACGCGCUGCCAUUGCAUCAAGCUGCCGCUCCACCGAGCUAUCGUUGCGUCAAGCAGUCGCUCUAUCGCCCGUGUAGGAUCGUGCUCGUGGAGAGCAUCCCCGAGGGCAUGCCGUACGGCGGCAGCGGCCCCACGAACCCCUCCACCUUCGACACGUGGAGGAGCCUCCUGAGCAGCGCCACGCACAGCCUGGACAUCGCCGCCUUCUACUGGACCCUCACCAACGAGGACACGCACACGCAGGAGCCCUCGGCCGCCGCGGGUGAGCAGAUCCUGCAGGAGCUGCUGGCGCUGCCAGCGCGCGGCGUCUCCGUGCGCGUCGCCGUCAACACCCCGUCCACCAAGACACCUUUGCACGAUCUCCAGGCGCUGCAGCAGAGCGGGGCCGCGGUGCGGGCGGUCGACAUGCCGCGGCUCACCGGCGGGGUGCUGCACACCAAGCUGUGGCUCGUGGACGGCGCCCACCUCUACAUCGGCAGUGCCAACAUGGACUGGCGCUCGUUGACGCAGGUCAAGGAGCUCGGCACGGCCGUCUACAACUGCAGCUGCCUGGCCCAAGACUUGGCCAAGGUCUUUGAAGCCUACUGGGCCCUGGGUGUUCCCGAUGCCACCGUGCCGGUGCCAUGGCCAGCCAACUACUCCACCGCUUUCAACAUGGAAAGGCCCCUCGAGCUGCAGCUCAACGGGACACUGGCUGGUGUCUUCUUCUCGAGCGCCCCGCCGGCUCUCUGCGCCCCGGGGCGCACCGAGGACCUGCGUGCGCUGCUCGGCGUCAUCGACGCGGCCCGCGAGUUCGUGUACGUCGCCGUCAUGAGCUACCUGCCCACCAUGGAGUUCUCACACCCCCGCAGGUUCUGGCCGCUGAUCGAUGACCACCUCCGCAAGGCCGUCUACGAGCGCCACGUGCGUGUCCGGCUGCUCGUGGGCUGCUGGCGCCACAGCAAGGCCGAGAUGUUCCCCUUCCUCCGGUCCCUGGCCGCCGUGUCCGACAACGGCACGCGCUACAGCAUGCACGUGAGGCUCUUCACGGUGCCAGCCAGCACAGCGCAAGCCAAGAUCCCCUACGCCCGCGUGAACCACAACAAGUACAUGGUCACCGAGACGGUGGCUUAUAUUGGGACCUCCAACUGGUCCGGGGAUUAUUUCACCCGCACGGCGGGCUCGGCGCUCGUGGUCAACGAGACGGGCGGCGUUGGCGCGGCCUCGGUGCGCGCGCAGCUGCAGGCCGUGUUUGAGCGCGACUGGAGCUCGCCGUACAGCGCCGACGUGGGCGACGUGCAGCGCUGGCAGCGCCUCUGCGGCUCCCACUAGGCUCCGGGGGUGCCGGGUGCUCCGCAAGCGGCUUUUCCUCCGUCAGGGAAGCGAGUUCGGAGUGAGCAGCGCGCCGGUUUACCCCUCCGGUUCUGCAGGGAAGGAUUUAAGAGCAGCAGGGAAGGAUUUAAGAGCAGCCGCCGGCUUGAGCUUCGCGGUGCGAUGCCAGCAGCGCGGCGCUGGUGCCUUCUCUUGGACAGUGCCACACGUCACCGUUUGGUUAAAAUUAAAUGGAGGGCUUUGCG